ACAUAAAACUUGUGACUCUGUGACACUUGUAAAUAAAAAGUUAUAAAUCAAGGGGAAGAUGUGAUCUACCAGCAUUUACUGAUAGCUUGACUACGGGUCUUAAUCAGUUAUGGACUGGAGGCCAGAAUGGACAGGAGGAUGGCGAAAUUGGAUUCGACCGUUGGUGAUGUCCAUUUAUUUUCUUGUUCUAGUGAUAGCUCUCCCCUUAUGUGUCUGGGAACUCCAGAAGAAUGGGGUUCAGUUGCAUUUGCAGGCCUGGUUUGUAGGCGGACUCUUUGUCAUGAUGGCAAUACCCAUCUCCCUGUGGGGGAUACUCCAGCAUUUAGUUAACUAUACUCAGCCUUUUCUACAGAGAUACAUCAUUAGAAUUUUAUGGAUGGUUCCUAUUUACGCAUUGAAUGCUUGGUUUGCACUGAGAUUCCCAGAUGAGGCAAUCUAUUUAGACACACUCCGUGAAUGCUAUGAAGCUUAUGUCAUCUACAACUUCUUUGCCUAUCUCAUGAGUUUUCUUCGAUCUGAAUUCUCAAGGCUAGAGCAUCAUCUGGAGUUGAAACAGUCAAGUGUUAAACACAUUAUUCCAUUCUGCUGUCUGCCUUCAUGGGAGAGUGGGGAAAAAUUCUUAACCCAUUGUAAACAUGGAGCAUUGCAGUAUACAGUCAUCAGACCUAUUACAACCAUCAUAGCUUUAAUCUGUGCUCUGGCAGGAGUUUAUGACGAAGGCCACUUCAGCUUCAAGAAUGCAUGGACCUACAUAGUAGUGAUAAAUAAUGUGUCCCAGAUUUGGGCCAUGUACUGCCUUGUGUUAUUCUACCAUGUCAUGAAGGAAGAGCUAAAGCCCUUGAAGCCUAUAUCCAAGUUCCUCUGCGUGAAAUUUGUUGUUUUCUUCUCUUUCUGGCAAGCAGUCUUGAUUGCUAUUCUGGAGGCUGCAGGUGUGAUAACUCAGGACAACACCUGGCAGAUGUACACUACAAAGACAGUGGCCACAAGUAUUCAGGAUUUCUGCAUUUGUAUAGAGAUGUUUAUUGCCGCUGUGGCUCACUACUAUUCCUUCCCCCAUGGACCAUUUGUGAACACGGCAGCUGAGCCAGUGCCAUGCUGUGUGUCUUUUAUGAACAUGUUCAAUGUGUCAGAUCUCAGGGAUGAUGUGGUAGAACAUGUUAGGCAUGUUGAUCAGCAAGCAGUCUUGAUUGCUAUUCUGGAAGCUGCAGGUGUGAUAACUCAGGACAACACCUGGCAGAUGUACACUACAAAGACAGUGGCCACAAGUAUUCAGGAUUUCUGCAUUUGUAUAGAGAUGUUUAUUGCUGCUGUGGCUCACUACUAUUCCUUCCCCCAUGGACCAUUUGUGAACACAGCAGCUGAGCCAGUGCCAUGCUGUGUGUCUUUUAUGAACAUGUUCAAUGUGUCAGAUCUCAGGGAUGAUGUGGUAGAACAUGUCAGGCAUGUUGGUAAAACUGUCAAAGGGACCAUUAGACCGGGACAUGCACGUAAAACUUCAGAAUUGACACCUCUUUUAUCAUCAGACACGGAUGAUGGACACAGUUACCUUGGAGACUCAUCGGCCACAGCGUCAGACUUGCACGAUAGCUACCAGAAAAGCGGUACCACAGCAAGCCUCAACAAUUAUGUGAACUUUGGGGAAAGUGUAGACUCCAGACAGUUGAAAUAUCAAAACUUUUCAGAAGGACAUGUAGUGAGAACAACCAGUGAUCCGAUCGUGGAAACGCAGCAGGACGACAGCGGCACCUCACCACAGCAGGACCACGUUUUAAGCAGUAGCACUGAUGAAACUAGACCAGCUUGUGAUUUACUUGAGACCAAUACUGCUUUACAUAGUGAUUUACGUGAUAUUGUGUCUGGCGUUCUUUCUUCCGAGGAUGAUUCGCGGCAUACGGAAACAACGGAGAAUAACUUGAUUAACUUGGAAGCUAAUUCAGAUAAUGUAAAUGCUGUUACAAGGACCGAUAUUGCUGUGAAUGAUGUAAAUAUUGAAGCAGGCAAGGAUGAGGAAGAAACUUCCCCUAUUGUUUAAUUAUUUUUAUAGUUUAAUAUUUACUAAAUUUCAGUUUACAAAACACGAAAAGUGCCAGAAACUCGUAAACACAUGGAUACACGGAUAGCCUUUUUGAUUACAUUUGAAUUUAAUUUGAAAUUGCAUCUUGUUAAGGUAUCUGCCCACUCCAAAAUACAAUCGUAAAAAAAAAAGAUUAAGACAACGGUUACGCAAAAUAAAUAAAGCUAUGUUACGGCUUCCUGUUAACAACCUCUUGUGCAUUUUGUGAUGAAUUUCAUGUGGCGCAUAUACACGAACAAAAGAACAUCCAUGCACAUAAUAAACUGGAUUAAGUAAUUGAAUAAACCACUUUGCUCUGUUUAA